AUGAAACCAAACUACAACUGUCGGCAAGUUAUUCCUGCAGAAUUAGAACUGAUGCUAGUAAAGUAUUUGGUUAGCUGUGCUAAGAUGUGCUAUGGUGUUGGUUACGUUGAAUGCCGUAAGUUUGCAUAUGAACUUUCUAUAAAAAAUAAUUUGAGUGUACCUGAUACUUGGAAUAAAAAUAAAAUGGCAGGGAUUGAAUGGGUGCGAAGCUUUAUGAAUAGAAACAGUGACUUGAACUUACAAAAUGUAAUGAACAGAUGUCCCUCGUUUGCUGAUGGUUCUAGAAUUUUCAAUCUCGAUGAAGCUCUUGUCACAACUGUUCAAUCACCAACAAGAGUUAUUGCACAAAAAGGUGUUAAGCGAUUGAAUCAAAUAACAAGUGGAGAGAGAGGUGUUUUAGUUACUGUGUGCUGUGUGAUAAAUGCAUAUGGAAAUAAGUUACCGCCAACGUUCAUAUUUCCUAGAGUUAAUUUUAAAAGUCAUAUGCUACAUGGUGCUCCACCUGGAAGCUUAGGUUUGGCUUGCCAGUCAGGUUGGAUGAAUUCAGAUCUUUUCAUAGAAACAUUAAAUCAUUUUAUUAAACACACAAGUUCAAGUAAAGACAAUCCUUCAUUUUUGAUUAUGGAUAACCAUGAAAGCCAUGUAUCCUUAAAUUCCCUCAGUGUUGCCAAGGAUAAUGGAGUUACCAUUUUAACAUUGCCUCCCCAUUGUAGUAACAAACUUCAACCUCUUAAUGUCAGUGUAUAUGGACCAUUUAAAUCUUACUAUAUUUCUGCAGUAGAUUCAUGGCUUCAAAGAAACAGUGGAAAGGCUAUUGACAUUUACCAUGUAGCAGAAUGUGUAAAUGUUGCAUUUGAGAAAUCUAUGACACCCUCAAAUAUUACAGCUGGAUUUAAAGCUACUGGAAUUUUUCCAUUUGAUGAAAAUAUAUUUAAAGAUGAUGACUUUGCUCCUGAAAAAAAUACUAAAAAACAUCAAAGCCUAUUUGAAAUUGCACCUGCAGAACAACUAAAUAUAUCUGAUGGUAAUUUAACAGAUCCGGAGUCCUUCACUAUUGACGAGCUUACUGGGUUUGAAGAAUUAGAUAGAGAUCCAGUUGAGGGAGAUUAUGUUUUGGUUGAAUUUAAAAUACAAAAACCUAGAUCAAAUUUAUUAGUGUUUUAUGUUGGGAAGAUAAUUAAAAACAUUGAUGAUGAUGGAGAUUUAGAAAUAUCAUUCCUAAGAAAAUAUAAAAAGUCUGAACCCUGCAAAUUUCUUUUACCUGAUAUUCCUGACUUAGCUUCAAUUAACAUAAAUGAUAUUAAGGUUCUCUUGCCACCUCCCAAAAUUAGUGGCAAGACUUCAAGACAAUAG